AGCGAUCGCUCGACAAUGAAUCCCUGGAGCUGGGAGAACUUUAGCUUGGAACAGAAACAACAAUGGCCACAAAUAAACCAGUGGGUUCAAAACUGGGCUCUGCAGAAACAGACUCUGCUGUGAAGAUUGUCCCGACUCUAUGUGCUGCUCCUGUCCCAGUCAAAGUGGUUCCUGUGCCUAGCCUUGCCCUGAAGCCCCCCUCCUCUGUACCCAUACAGCCCAGUCCCACCACCGCUCCUGUCAUGGUGGUGGCAAAGAUGGAUACCCCCGGAGCACAAGUGACUAAGAGUCUAACCUCAGGAGUCCAGAUCAGUCCUUCCCCUGCUCCAGGACGGACACUGGUGAUAACUGUCCCCAGAACUGCUACUGCCUCUGUGACUAUGGCUCCUCGAAUGGCCCAAACCACCACCACACAGCUCCCGGCCAACUUCCAAAUCCCUCCAGGUAUGAUGCUGAUACGAAGUGAAAGUGGGCAGUUGAUAUUGGUGUCGCAGCAGGCUCUGGCUCAGGCACAGCAGGCUACACGUCCCAGCACUGGAGCCUCCACACCCAGGCUCCUCACUCCUUCGCCAACUCCUCCAAUGGGCAAGAUGAAUGACAAGGUGAAUGACAAGGUGACUGUGAUUCAAAUGACUGCUCCACCCAACUUCCAGACACCUCCUGUGCAGAAGACCGUAAAGAUUGUCAGUGUACCUCCCAAACCCGCUAAGAUCCAGUCCCUGAACCAGCCUCGAAUCCUGACUUCAAUCCCAGAACCAAAGAAGGAGGCUACACCUACUUUUAGUCAGGAAACACUGGAAAGCGUAAAGAAGUGUAAGAACUUUCUAGUGACUCUCAUCAAACUGGCUUCUAGUGACUCCAGAUCAGCAAACAUGGCAGAAAACAUCAGAGGACUGGUCAAAAGUCUGCUGAAAGGAAAGUUGGAAGCAGAUCAGUUCACGGAACAGCUGUAUCAUGAGUUGAAGUCCACGCCACAGCCCUGCCUUGUGCCUUUUCUGAAGAAAAGUCUCCCUGCUGUAAGAAUCCUGACUCCUGACCCAGAGCUUUUUAUUCAACAAGCCGCAACAAAAACCUCCAGUUCCCCCAAACCUACCAUUGACCCAGCAAAGCAGUUGAUGCCUCCUCCCAGGCCUGGUCCUUUGACGUCUGGAUGGUUUUCUCAAUCCAGAAACAAAAUUCCACCCAAACCGGCAGGGCUACAGUCUGCAAGGAACUUCACAGGUACCCUUUCAAUGAGACAGUCAUAUGAGCAGCCUUGUCAAAUGUCCAAGGGCACCUCAGGAUCCUAUAAAGAAGAUGAUGACAUAAACGACGUGGCCUCUAUGGCUGGAGUGAAUCUCAGAGAGGAAAAUGCUCAGAUCCUCACUACUCAAGUCGGAGCUGUGGUGCAGUCCUGCCAAGACCAGCCCUUUCUCGCCCCAAAUGCUCUGCUUGGCAGAGUCUUACAAAUGGGUCAGCCUUUGGAAGUCACAGAGGUAAGUUCAGAGGUAGUAGCGCUGGUGUCUCACGCUGCUCAAGAGUUUCUACGCACUUUGCUGGAGAAACUCUCUGUGAUGGCCCAACACCGCAAGAACCUCAUCAAGGACAACUCGUUACAUUCCGAAGUAAAUGACGUUCGCUCACAGCUGAAAUUUCUGGAGGACAUGGAGACUUUGAGAAAGAAAAGGAAAGAUGAUGAGGAGAGAGAGAGGCUGCUGCGGUUGGCCCGAAGCCGUGCACAUAUGGCAGACCCAGAGAUGCUGCUGCUAAAGCAAAGAGCCAAAGAAUUGCAGCAUUUGGAGCAGGCAGCGCUGCAGCACAGGGAAGCCAACCUCGCGGCUCUGGCUGCUAUUGGGCCCCGGAAGAAAAGGCCAUUGGAGCUGGAUGGACAGGUUUGUGUUCUCCCCCGUUCCGGCAAUCCAAGAGUGACCCGGAUCAUCCUGAGAGAUCUGCUGCAGUGUAUGGAGCAAGACCGCUUCCUCAGGCACUCUCUCACUCUCUACAGAGCCAUCCAGUGAACACCCAAACUACCCCGAUGUGGGGUAGCUUUAAGGCUUGUUACAAACUAUCAAUAUAUUCAAUUGUUCUUUCAGUCUGUUUCAAUGUAUAUCAUUUGAAUUAUAUUAAAUUAUUAUUUGUUAUUACUGUCACUAUAAUGUAGAAAAAAUCAUUUAGUUAUUGUAAGUCACUUCAGAAAUGGAGGUGUGCUGUGUUCUCUUUGAGUUAUCUUGUUUUCCCAUUAAAAAGCAUAGUUUAACUCAAAACCCACAACUGUACUUUAUACUAUGUUUUAUUAAUUGUGAUCCAACUCAUGUGCAAAAUGUACAAGUGAGUUGCCUUUCUGUUUACUAGACAAACUGCAUUUUUUUUUCUACUUUUUCAAAGAAAAUGCUGUGAAGAGUUAAAAACAUUGCUGACCAUAUAAAAAUGUACAUGCA